AGGAAACGGCAGUUCAGAUCACAUUUCACAUUCAGCUCCGACCGGCUGAGAGAGAGACAGCCAGCGAGCAGAGGGGGAGCCGAGUCUCCGCUUUCCUCUCCGGUACCUUCGCCAGUGGAAGAAAAUAAUAACCAUUUAUAUUCAAAAAGAAAAAAAAAAGACGCUCCGGCGGACGAACGAGCGUGCGCGCGCGCGCCGCGAGAACCCCCCAAAAACACCACCGGGAUUUCUUUUUUCUUCUUCUUUGCUCAUAUGUGUUCCUGCAGGAUUUUUUAGAGCGCCACAGAGAAAUAGACAGACAAGAAGAAGAGGAGGAAGAAGAAGAAGAAGAAGAGAUGGACGAGCAGACGAGGUUGAUGCACUCGCACACGGGGGUGGGCAUGGCGGGGCACCCCGGCCUGCCGCCGCAUAUGCAGGAGGGCACCGGAGGACCGGACGGCGACGGGAGGAAACAGGACAUUGGAGACAUUUUACAGCAAAUCAUGACCAUCACGGACCAGAGUCUGGACGAAGCUCAGGCCAGGAAACACGCUCUCAACUGUCACAGAAUGAAGCCUGCCCUUUUCAAUGUCCUGUGUGAAAUCAAAGAAAAAACAGUGCUGAGCAUCCGCGGCGCCCAGGAGGAGGAGCCGCCGGAUCCCCAGCUCAUGCGCCUGGACAACAUGCUGCUGGCAGAGGGCGUGUCCGGUCCGGAGAAAGGCGGCGGCUCGGCGGCGGCGGCGGCCGCGGCGGCGGCCUCGGGCGGGGUCGGGGCGGACAACUCCACGGAGCACUCCGACUACAGGGCGAAGCUGACCCAGAUCAGACAGAUCUACCACACAGAGCUGGAGAAGUACGAGCAGGCGUGUAACGAGUUCACCACCCACGUGAUGAACCUGCUGCGGGAGCAGUCGCGCACGCGGCCGAUUUCGCCCAAGGAGAUCGAGCGCAUGGUGAACAUCAUCCACCGCAAGUUCAGCUCCAUCCAGAUGCAGCUCAAGCAGAGCACCUGCGAGGCCGUCAUGAUCCUGCGCUCCCGCUUCCUCGAUGCCAGACGGAAAAGACGAAACUUCAACAAGCAGGCAACAGAGAUCCUGAACGAGUAUUUCUACUCUCACCUCAGUAACCCCUACCCAAGCGAAGAGGCUAAAGAGGAGCUGGCAAAGAAGUGCGCCAUCACAGUUGCCCAGGUUUCCAACUGGUUUGGGAAUAAAAGAAUCAGAUACAAGAAAAACAUUGGUAAGUUCCAAGAAGAAGCCAACAUGUACGCUGCGAGAACUGCCGUGAAUGCGGCUAAUGCAUCCUCACAUGGAAGCCAAGCAAAUUCACCCUCAACUCCAAACUCUGCAGGUUCUGGCGGCUCUUUUAACAUGUCAAACUCCGGGGACUUGUUCAUGAGCGUGCAGUCUCUCAAUGGGGACUCGUACCAGGGGGCUCAGGUGGGAGCCAACGUGCAGUCACAGGUGGAUACCCUUCGCCAUGUUAUCAGUCAGACAGGCGGAUACAGUGAAGCACUCACAGCCAACCAGAUGUACAGUCCGCAGGGCAUCAACGCAAACGGGGGCUGGCAGGACGCUCCGACCCCCUCGUCGGUGACUUCACCCACAGAAGGACCCGGAAGCGUUCACUCCGACACCUCCAACUGAUCCUCCACCCUCACUCCCCCUGCUUCCUAGCUUCCUCCAUCACGGCCCCCCCCCCCCCCCCUUU